AUGACGAUGCAAGGUCUGUUGUGGGAUGCAGCAGCAGACAAGCUCUCAUUGGAUGAGUUUGCGGUACCGACAGCCUCUGCGGGGGAAGUGGUCAUAAAGGUGGCAUACGCAGGUAUAUGCGGGACUGACCUACACAUCAUGAACAAGGAGUACCCAGCUGGCGACAGACUCAUCCUGGGCCACGAGUUCUCAGGAGUUAUCACAGAGGUGGGAGAUGGAGUGACACAGUUUAAAGUCGGAGAUAGGGUGUGUGUGGACCCCUGCUUCAUCUGUGGAAGCUGUCGCCACUGCUCCAGAGGCCGGAUCAACUUCUGCCACAGGGGACACCUACAGCACCUCAGAAAUUCCGUAGGUGCGCGGAGGAAUGGCGGAUUUGCCAACUUUUGUGCACUUCCAACCGGCCACGUGCACAAGCUACACGAUGACGUCACGCUCCUUCACGGCGCUCUCGUGGAACCGAUCUCCUGCAUCCAGCGGGGCUGGGAAAACUUAGGGACGCCUCCUAGCGACUCCCGCGUGUUGGUGCUUGGUGCAGGGUACAUCGGCGGCUACCGUGACGUCACGAUCAGCGAGCCGGCAGAGGGAAGACGUGAGCUCGCAAUGGGCAUGGGGCUCGGAUUCCAGGCUGUUCACCCAGAUAAGAUCAAGGCUCGCUUUGCUGACGGACACGUUGAGGACGUAGGAUAUGACGUCAUCAUUGAUUGCAGUGGUUACCCGCCUGCUGUGGAAGAGGCCUUCAACUGGCUCCGUUGUGGAGCCACGUUCCUCCAGUUCGGCUGCUGCCCCAUCGAGUCCAAGAUCACCAUCAACCCGUUCCAGAUCUACGCCAAAGAGUUGAGGAUCGUGGGCUGCCUCACCAACCCCUACACCAUGCCGACUACCAUCAACGGCCUGGUGCGGGGCAUGUCGGGAAGCUACCUGAGCGACUUCUCCCGACUGGGCAUUAAGAUGUUCCGUCUGCAGGAGUACCAGGAGGCCAUCGCGCAGCUCAAGAAGGGAGAAAUCUCCAAGGCUUUGUUCGACUUGCAGGACUAG